AUGUCAGAAAUUACCCUAGGUCGCUACUUAUUCGAGAGGUUGAAGCAGGUAGAAGUGAGAACCAUCUUCGGGGUUCCCGGAGACUUCAACUUGAGCUUGCUAGACAAGGUGUACGAGGUGGACGGGAUGCGCUGGGCGGGCAACGCCAACGAGUUGAAUGCGUCGUACGCGGCGGACGGCUACGCGCGGGUCAAGAAGAUCUCCUGUCUCGUGACGACGUUCGGGGUGGGCGAGUUGUCUGCACUCAACGGCAUUGCGGGGUCAUACGCAGAGCACGUGGGGGUUUUGCAUGUGGUUGGGGUGCCAUCGACCUCUGCGCAGGCGAAGCAGCUCCUCUUGCACCACACGUUGGGUAACGGUGACUUCACGGUGUUCCACCGGAUGUCGGCAAACAUUUCCGAUACGACCGCCGUGAUCACCGACAUUUCCUCUGCGCCGGCGGAAAUCGACCGGUGCAUCCGGGCGUGCUACGUCCACCAGAGGCCGGUGUACUUGGGGUUGCCCGCCAACAUGGUGGACCUAACAGUGCCUGCGUCUCUCUUAAACACGGAGAUCGACUUGUCUCUCAAGCCCAAUGACCCCGAGGCAGAAGAGGAAGUCGUGUCGACCGUGCUCGAGCUUGUUGCAAACGCUAAGCACCCGGUGAUUUUGUCGGACGCCUGUGCCUCCAGACACGAUGUCAAGCAGGAGACAAAGCAACUCAUCGACGUGACCCAAUUCCCAGCCUUUGUCACGCCAAUGGGCAAGGGUUCCAUCGAUGAGCAGCAUCCAAGAUUUGGAGGUGUUUAUGUUGGUACCUUGUCUGCGCCAGAUGUGAAGGAGGCUGUCGAAUCUGCCGACUUGAUAUUGUCGGUGGGUGCCUUGCUGUCGGACUUCAACACUGGUUCUUUCUCGUACUCCUACAAGACGAAGAACAUUGUGGAGUUCCAUUCUGACCACACUAAGAUCAGAAGUGCUACUUUCCCAGGUAUCAAGAUGAAGACGGUGCUACAGAACUUGGUUAAGCGGAUCGGUGAGGCCGCAAAGGGCUACCAGCCCAGCCCAGUUCCAACUUACGCAGCACCAAACGAGGACGCUGAUCCUAAGACACCACUCAAGCAAGAGUGGCUCUGGAACCAGGUCAGCAGUUUCUUGAAGGAGGGUGAUAUUGUCAUCACCGAAACAGGUACUGCUGCUUUCGGUAUCAAUCAAACACGUUUCCCUAGCUCGACAAUCGGUAUUUCCCAGGUCUUGUGGGGUUCGAUUGGUUUCACUACGGGCGCCUGUCUCGGCGCUGCCUUCGCGGCUGAAGAGAUCGACCCUAAUAAGAGGGUAAUCUUAUUCAUUGGCGAUGGCUCCUUGCAACUAACCGUUCAGGAAAUUUCAACCAUGGUUAGAUGGGGGUUGAAGCCUUAUUUGUUUGUCUUGAACAACGAUGGGUAUACCAUCGAGAGGUUGAUUCACGGAGAGACUGCUCAAUACAACUGUAUCCAACCAUGGAAGCACUUGGAUUUGUUGCCUACAUUUGGAGCUAAGGAUUACGAAACGCACAGGGUGGCUACUACUGGUGAGUGGAGGGCCUUGACUGAAAAGCAGGAGUUCAACAAGAAUUCCUCGAUCAGAAUGAUUGAAAUCAUGUUGGAUGUUAUGGAUGCACCAAGUUCCUUGAUUAAGCAGGCGAAAUUGACGGCUGCCACGAACGCCCAACCUUAA